AUGAGCACAUUAAAAGAAACUAAAGAAACACCAAGGGAGUCCGGUUCUCCCUCAAUAAAGCCGGUAGGAACAGAUUAUUCCGAAAAAAGAGCAGCGUAUGCAACGAGCUCUAGAACAGUUAGCACGAAGACAGUGGCUAAGCCUGGUCUGAAUGCUAAGGUUGACACCAGUGCUGGAACUUCAGUUAAGCCAAGUUCCAGCAAAACAACAACAAAAAAGGCAGCCGGAGCCAGGCCUACCAACCGGAGGCAGAAGGCAAAGGAAAAUGCCAAGUGUGUAGUUGCUGGUGUAUCAACCAGAGAAUGGCCUACCUUUAAGGUGGAAGAGCCAUCAAAAGCGAAGUAUGCGGAGAGGAAACGCGCUGCACCAACAAAGGAGGAGCUCACAAAAGAGCUCCAGCAAACCUUGGAGUGUGCUAAAGCGGUGUUACCCAACUUUAGCUUGGAACCGCCAGUUGUCGCUACUAAAAGGCAAAAGUCAGCUGAAGAGGCUAAGCCGUCAGCUAAGCGGCCUAAAACAAGGGGUGAGAUGCCCAACAGAUCCUUUGCGGAAGUGGCCCGGUACCGCAUCGUCAUUGGUGUUCUGGAUGAGGGAGACCCCGAAGGAAAAAUUCCCAGAACCCAAUGGAAAUGA